CACUCAUUAAUUCUCUGUUUUUCUAGUUUCAAUCAUGUCCCUCGCUCCCAAAUUCAUUCCGUCGCUGAUUUGCUAUGUUCUUCUACUUGCUGCUACAGAGCUCUCUGUUUUUGGCUCUGUUUCCGCCGUCGAAUCAUCACCGACGACUGCCGUUAUCCGAGGUGGUUACUGGCUUUCAUGGCUAGCCCAAACAUUCCCUCCGGCGGCAAUCUCCACCUCCCAUUUUACCCAUCUCUUCUACGCCUUCCUAGAACCAAAUAACGUAACCUUUGAAUUGACAGUCACUCCCAACGACGACCAAUGGAUGAGAAAUUUCACCUCAACCAUCCACGCCGCCGACCCUCAGAUCAAAACCUUCCUCUCAAUCGGCGGCGGUGGUUCCUCUGUUCCCAUCUUCGUUGCUAUGGCCGCUAACCAAACCUCCCGCUCCGCCUUCAUCGCGUCGGCCAUCUCCGUAGCCAGAUCGUACGGCUUCGACGGUCUAGAUUUGGAUUGGGAAUUCCCCAAUUCCACCGACGACAUGUCCCAUUUGUCUUCGCUCUUCAAAGAGUGGCGUCAAGCAAUCGAAACAGAGUCCUCCUCCAACGCCGACCGACCUCCGCUGGAGCUGUCGGCGGCCGUCUCGUACGCUUCCAGUUUCCCGUCGCCGCCUCGAUCAUAUCCCGCCGACGCGAUUACCGAGUACGUCGAUUUCAUUAGCCCGAUGUGCUUCGAUUACUUCGGGAAAUGGUCGCCAUCGGCCACAGGAUCACACGCUCAGCUCUUCGAUAAGACAAGCAAUUUCAGCACCAGCUACGGCAUAACAUCGUGGAUUGAGGCUGGAGUUCCGCCGGAGAAAUUAGUUAUGGGGUUGCCGGUGUACGGAAGGACGUGGCGGUUGAAGGACGCGUGUCAUCACGGUAUUGGAGCGUCGGCAGAGGGAGUUGGCCCAGGGAAUGAAGGCGUUAUGAUUUACUCUGAUGUGUUGGAGUUCAAUUCGGCCAACGGCGCCACCGAGGUGUUCGAUACGGCGUCGGUUUCGACUUAUUCGUUUGCGGGGACCACUUGGAUUGGGUAUGAUGGGCCGAAUUCCAUUGAUGUGAAGGUCAAGUAUGCGAAGGCCCAUGGGCUUCGUGGAUACUUUUUUUGGGCCCUCGGGUACGACAACAACUGGACCAUUGCGGAAGCAGCUCAAAAUGCAUGGAUGUAUGGGUGACGUCAUAAUUUUAAUUUAACAU